AUGUCAACAACAGCCCCUCAAACAAACGGCGUGCCACCGGCGUCCGGCAGCCAACCACAGACCCAAAGCACAAACGCAUUUAGCUCCCAGCAAUCAUCAUCACAACAACCGCCGGCCGCCGGCCAACCACCACAAGCCGCCGGAGCCGCCGGCGCAUCCCAAUCACAGCAGCCACAGCAGGCCGACAGCACGCCUGCCCCGCGGCCACGCGACGCCCGGACUAUCGAGCUCCUGCUGACGGCGCAGGGCGUGACGGCGUUUGAGCCGCGGGUGCCCCUCCUCCUCCUCGACUUCGCCUACCGCCACACGGCCGCCGUGCUGUCGGAUGCGCUGCACCUGGCCGGCGACCCCUACACGACGCACGCGGGCGCCAAGCCGUCGGCCGCGCAAAACGCCACGGCCAGCGCCCCGAGCGGCGGCGACGCCAGCGUCUCGGCCUCGGCCAUCCAGGUCGCUAUCGCGAGCCGGUUGGCCUUCCAGUUCCGCGGCGCCGGUAGCACCUCCAAGGAGUUCCUGCUCGAGACGGCUCGCGAGCGCAACAAGGCCGCUCUGCCGCGUAUAUUGCCGCACGAGUGGGGCGUCAGGUUGCCUAGUGAGCGGUUCGUGCUGAGCGGCAACGCCUGGGGGUUGACCGACACGUGGGGCCCGGGCGAGGCUGGGAUUGAUGAUGACGACGAUGACGACUCUGAGGAUGCGGAUGCCGAGAUGAGAGAUGCGAUGGAGGGUGUGGAGACGCAAGGCGGCGAUCAAGUCGACGAGGAGGUUGGCGGUGAGCCGGUUGAAGGAGGCACUGUCGACGAUGUGUUCGGGGAUGAUGUGGAUGAGGAGAUGGCCGAGGAGUGA